AUGAUUCUCGCCAACGUCCCCAGUAUUUUCGGAUGGAUAUUGCUGUACUACACACACUCCACAGUUUCACUUUACUCGUCCACCGUGCUGAUGGGUUUGGGCAUAGGAUUCAGCGAAGCCCCGAUAUUGUCGUACAUCGGCGAAAUAACCGAACCGAGACUCAGGGGAUCGAUGGCUUCAUUGGCGUGUACCUCGUCUAUGUUUGGAGUGUUGUUGACUUACUUUUUGGGAUAUUUAUUCGAAUGUAGAACCGUCGCAUUGCUGAGUACACUUUGUCCGAUCACGUGA